AGCCCCCCCCCGUCCCCCCCUGGCAGCACCAGCCCACCCUCCUCCUGCAGCCCGGGCCCCCCAGGCACCUCCACCCCGCAGGGGGCUCCCUUCCACGGGUGGCGUGCGGUGCCCGCCGACCUCUCCUGCAGCCCCGUGGGACCCGAGCCCCCGUCUAGCCAUGGGGGUAGGGGUUUCCCCACUUGCCCCAGCACCCCUGGGACCGCCACGUCCCCAAGCCCUGCCCUGCCGGAGCAGAGCCCCCCCCAGAACGAGGCAGAUGAGUCGGAGCCCGCAGGGUCUGAGCCAGCGGCCACCCCUGUCCCCGCAUCGGAGCCAUCCCCGGGGGGGCAUAUCCUGGGCGUUGCCGCUGGUGUGGCUGGAGAGGAGCCUCCACGCCUCGUCCCUGCUGGAGUCCCUGCGCCACAGCCUCCCCCUGGCCGUGCCGCGGCGGGACAUCGGCACCAGCGUCACCCCUGUGCCCACCGUGGCCACGGGCACCAGCAUCACUCCUGUGCCCACCAAGGCCACGGGCACCAGCGUCACCCCCAUGCCCGCCGUAGCCACGGGCACCAGCGUCACCCCCGUGCCCACCAUGGCCAUCGGCACCGUCAUGACCCCGCGGGAGUGCCAGGACCGGAGCACCGGCACAUCCACAGUGGCUCGCGCCAAGGACAGCGCCGCCGAGACCGACUCGCUGCUCUGGCACUGUCCCCGGGAGCAGCUGAGGUCCCUGCCGCGGGCGGAGCUGGAGGGGAGGCUGGAGAGCACCCUCAUCAUCAUCGAGGUGCUCUCGCUGCAGCUCCGCGACUGGCAGGAGAGCCAGCGGCCGCUCCCCGCCGUGGGGCCGGCCGAGCAGCGGGAUGCCCACACCCAGACGGACGUCACCCGGCCCCAGGGGGAGGAGCAGAUCUACCACAGCCUCUACGUGGAGCUGCAGAGGAAGACCCAGGCUCUGCAGCGGCAGCGGGGCGCCGAGCAGGACCUGGCGCGGGAGCUGGCACGGGCGGCGGAGGCGACGGACGCCUGGGCCGGGCAGGGCCUCCUGCUGCAGAGCCUCGCGGAGGGCGCUCUGCAGAGCCUGCGGGACGAUCGCGGAGCCCUGGCCCAGGAGCGGGAGCAGGUGAGGGCCCUGGUGUCCCGGUGCGUGGCCAUGCUGCACAGCGUCCCCGGCAAGCUGCGGAGCUGCCUGCAGGAGCGGGACGAGGCGCAGCAGCGAGCAGAUGAAGCCCUUCGAGCCAAGGAGGAGUGUGACAGCUUCCUGGAGGCUUUCCGCUCCCACGCCAGUGCCCAGAUCAGCGCCCGGGACCAGAGCCUGGCGUCCCAGCGAGAGCUGGGCGAGCUGCUGGAAGGUGCCAUCCACCAGCAGGCCUCCCUGGCUGCAGAGGCUCAGCCCUUCUGUGAGUUCGUAGACGUCACCUUUGAAAACCUUCAGGAGGAGCGGAGGGCACUUGACGACGAGCGGGAGCAGGUGAGGGCCCUGGUGUCCCGGUGCACGGCCGCGCUGCAGAGCGUGCCCGACACGCUGCGGAGCUGCCUGCGGGAGCGGGACGAGGCGCAGCAGCGAGCGGACGAAGUCCUUCGAGCCAAGGAGGAGGUGUCCCACCAGCUGGAGGAGACCUCGGCGGCCCUGCAGGACGCGGUGGCUCAGGUGGAGCAGCUGACGGUGGCCAACUCGCGCCUCGGUGCAGACCUGGGCACCCUGAUGAAGCAGCUGGCCAGCGUGCAGCAGGAGCGGGACACGCUCCAGCAGGAGAACGGGGACCAGAAGGAGGAGAUAUCCUGGCUGGUGAGGGAGCGGGACGCCCUGCAGCGGGAGCGCGGCGAGCUGAGCCGGGAGCUGCGGGAAGCGGCGGAGUGCCGGGAGUUCCUCGAUCAGGAGAACCGCAUGUCCCGCAGGCAGCUGAUGGAGGUGGAGGCCAAGCUCAAGUCCACGCUGGCCGAGCUGCAGGAGCGCAGCCUGCAGCACGAGGAGCUGAAGGAGUCCCACCGGUGCCUGCAGGACGAGCGAGCUGCCCUCCUCAAGGAGCUGGAGAGCACCAAGGCCGAGCUCCUGGACUUGCAGCUCAAGAGGGAGAAGGUCUCCUGGUGCCUGGCAGACAUCGCCGAGAGCAAGCUGAGGCUGCAGGAGCUCGCCGACUGCCUGCGAGACGCCCUGGAAGAGGAGAAGGACGAUGACGCCCCGUCGAGGAGCAGAACCUGGACCCCAGCCCCGCGGACGCCCGCCCGCCGCACCCCGUACCGCGCCGGGGACUCCUUCGUGGGCAGCGUCCUGAAAGCGGUGUCGGGGAGAGAUACUGAUGAAGCUGCCGGAUUUGGGAGCGUACCAAGGAUGAAGCCUACCAAGGAUAAAAGUUUCUCCACGCCAAAGCGAGCAGAGCCCGAGGACGGCCUGAUAGAGAGGGUGGCAGAGCUGAGGGCCGUGGUCUCCGACCUCUCCUUGCUGAGUACCCGCAUCCAGGAGCUGGAGCAGAGCGAGUUCAAGGCUCUGCAGGCUGAGAUCUCCGACCUGCAGCUCAAGCUGGAGGAGGUGACGACCGAGAGCCAGGAGAGGACGGACGCCCAGGCCGCCACCAUCGCCAAGCUGAACAAGGCGCUGCGGGGCAAGCUACAGAACGAGAAGGAGCUGCAGGACCUUGUGAAACAGCAGGAAGAGAAGAUGCUGCAACUCAUCGACAAGAGCGGGGAAGUGACGAGGCUGAAGGGGGAGGUCUCCCAGCUGAAGCGCUCGCUGCAGCGCGCCGAGACGGAGGCCAAGGUGCUGUGGGAGGAGAUGCGGGGCCAGGAGCCCAAGGUGGACGCUGCCCACGUCCAGGAGCGGGUCCUGCUGCGGCAGGAGGUGGACAAACUGCGCUUGCUGCUCCUGGAGAAGGAGGAUGAGAACUUGCUGCUCUCAGACAAGUACCUGGAGCAGGUCCGAGGGCUGGAGCUGAGGCUCCGUCACGCCCAGAAGCUGCUGAGGACCCACGAGGAGAUGCAGGAGAAGGUGAAGGAGGUCCGCUGCUGUCCCCAGGUCCUGUCGUCGCUCCCUGAGGUGCCACCAGGCUGCCAGGAGCUUCCGGGCCUCCUGCGCUACCUGGGCCUGAAGCCGAGCGGUGGCAGCAAGGAAGCCACCGAGCCGCUAUAG